CAUAAAAUAUUAUUAGCAGUGUAAGUGUUCAAAUGAAAAUCCUAUAAAAUAAAACAACUACAUUUCCUCCGAUUCCGGUUCCACCCACCCAUUGACCUUGUUCCCUCGAAGGUUUCACCACAUUCCUCACGUUUACCGAAUUCUUCAUUUAUCAUUACGAUACACAGCACAAUGUUUCUCCAUUGCUCCCACUGAUGGAUUCUCCUUCUUUCUCUUCCUCCUCCUCCGAGUUCGCUUCCAUAGCCACCGCCAAUCAGAGUGUGGCCCGGAGCGGCGGAGAAGGCGCGGCGGCGGAGCAAUCACGGCGGUGGCACGACGUAUUCUGGUUAGGAAUAUUCUUGAUCCAUUUGAUUGGGCUGGGGUUCCUUCUGGGGGUUCUUGGCCUUAAUAGGUUUGAGAAAGAGAAUAGGCUUAACAUUGACAAGUACACGUCCCGGUUUUCUGAGAACGAAUCCGGGUUGACUGAGACUUACUGGCCACUGUAUGCUGCUGCUGGUGGGGUUGGGACUGUUCUUGGAUGGAUUUGGUUGGUGUUGUUGGGUUCCCAGGCCACCCAAAUGAUGAAGGUUUCUGUUCACAUACUCACCACUUACCUUGCUGUCAUCAGUGUUUUGUGUUUUUGGGCUGGCCAGAUUUUCUGGGGGGUUGCUUUUGCUAUUGGAGCUUCUAUCCAGUUCCUUUAUGUCAUAUCAGUCAUAGACAGACUUCCAUUUACGAUGUUGGUUCUGCAAAAAGCUGUGAAGAUGGUUUGGAAUCUUCCUGAGGUUAGGAGAGUGGCAUAUGCAUUUAUGUUUGUCGUGCUUUUAUGGAUGGCCUUAUGGUCAUUUGGAGCAGCGGGUGUUGUGGCUUCGAGCAUGGGUGAUGGUGGCCGCUGGUGGCUUCUUGUGGUUCUCUCUGUGAGCUUAUUCUGGACAGGUGCAGUACUAUGUAAUACUGUACAUGUUAUAGUGUCUGGGAUGGUGUUUCUUGUUCUUUUUCAUGGUGGUAGAGAUGCAGCUUCUAUUCCAGCUAACUCCUUAAUGAAAUCUCUAAAGUAUGCUUUAACAACAUCUUUUGGCAGCAUUUGUUAUGGUUCAUUAUUUACUGCAGCUAUUAGGACACUGCGGUGGGAGAUACGGGGAUUUCGGUCAAAGAUCGGCAAUAAUGAGUGUUUACUUUGCUUGGUUGAUUUUCUUUUCCAUCUUGUGGAGACUCUUGUUCGUUUCUUUAACAAGUAUGCCUAUGUUCAGAUUGCUGUUCAUGGUAAAAGCUUUAACCGCUCAGCUAGAGAUGCAUGGGAGUUAUUCCAGUCAACUGGGGUUGAAGCACUUGUGGCCUAUGAUUGUUCUGGUGCUGUCCUUCUAAUGGGCACUGUUUUUGGUGGACUGAUAACUGGAACUUGCUCUGGUGUUUGGGCAUGGGUUAAAUGGGGGGACAGAGUUAUUAUGAUUGGGUCUACGUCCAUGCUGAUGGGGAUGGUACUGGUUGGAUUGGCAAUGGUUGUGGUGGAAAGUGCUGUUACAUCGAUAUAUAUCUGCUAUGCAGAAGACCCCUUAUUGAUUCAGAGAUGGGAUGCUGAAUUUUUCAACCAGAUGUCUGAGACACUUCAUCAGCGACUUCAAUAUAGGAGUGCUCGAGCAAGGGAAGUUUUAGCCCACAAUCGACUUCAUGACCUGGUACAACAAAACGCUUCUAUUUGAGGGUGCUACAACACUUUGUGUCUGUUUAUCCAUUACAUGUCAACCAUAUUUUUCAUUUCAUAUUUUCAGUUAAAUUAAUAUUUAAUAGGAGUAGGGUAAAGUCUCUGGUCGUAGUGUGGUUAUCUAUCAGCAACGUUGAUGAAUUUGAUACGUGUAGACUACAAAAUGUACAGCUUUUUUUGGCAAAAAAUAAAAUAACAUUUACAGUAUUGAGAUAUU